AUGGCUCCCGACCAAAAGCAAGAGCUGCAUCUUACUCAAAUCCAACAUCUCGAACGGCAUGUGCAGGACAUCGACGAAGACCCUCACCGUCUCGCAUUGGAAGACAAUCUCGAGGAGGCACCACGCGUUGAAUGGUCCGUUAUCCUUGCUGUAUUUUUUCUUGGCCUCUCUUUCGUCGGCCCCGUAGCCAUGGGCUUUCUCAUGAUGUCGUCGGUCCUGGUGCAGAUCGGAAAUGAACUCGGGGACCUUACUCCCAUAGUCUGGAUGGUUGGAGGAUGGUCCAUCGCUGCAUCAGUGUCCUUCUCAAUCGCCGGUGCAUUGAGCGACAUCUUCGGCCGUCGAUGGAUCGUUCUCUCUUCGCAAGUUUUUUGCAUUAUUGGUUCAAUCGUCGCCGUCACUGCUCACAAAACUGUUACCCUGGUGCCCGCUGAGACCUUGAUUGGAGUUGGGUGCGGUGUGUCUUGGACCGCGGUUGCAGGCAUCCAAGAGCUCCUACCGAACAAAUAUCGGGGUAUAGGUAUGGCUUGGACGGAACUACCGAUCAAUAUCCCAUGGGGCACCGCCGCAGUGAUUUUCGCCAACCUACUCACUGAGCAUGCUUCCUGGCGUUGGAUCUACUACAUCGCCAUCAUCUACAAUGUAAUCAGCUUGGUCGGGAUUGCAGUAUUCUACUUUCCACCCACGCGUCCUCAGGAGGAUUAUGAAAAAUCCCGCUGGAAGGAAUUUCUGGAGCUAGACUGGAUUGGGGCCAUACUCUACGCCGGCGGAUUGACUGUCUUCCUUCUCGGUUUCAGCUGGACAGGGCAAUCCGGUCACGCCUGGGCCAGUGCUUCGGUUAUUGGCCCGAUUAUCAUUGGCUUCGUGGCCUUGACAGCUUGUUUGGUGUAUGAUUUCACCCUGGCCAAAGCCCCGCUCUUUCCAUGGGAACUCAUGCGAGACUUUCGCGACUACACCGCCUACCUGGUCAUUAUCUUUGUCGCAGGAAUGAUUUUCGUUGCCAUGGCAGGGCUAGGACCUCAAGCUUCGCUGUACAUGUUUAGCCACGACCCAAUGGAAAUAGGGCUCAUCGCCCUCCCCUACGGAUUUAUGCUGAACGUCACAGCUUCACUGAUCCCUGCCUUAGUCCACAAGAUUGGGUAUAUCAAAUAUCAGAUGAUCGCACUGUUAGUGUCCCAGACCCUUUUUGUGGCCCUCUACGCAGUCGCGGUCCCGCACAACAAAUCUGCAUGGAUGGCCUUCCUUUGCUUCGGGCAAACCCCAUUCUCCGGAAUCACGGGCUUGGCCUAUAUUGCUGCCGGUCUUAACGUCAAACAGAAACAUCUGGGCAUUGCCAUGGGCCUCAUCGGUACUUUCCGGUGUGCUGGUGGCAGUGUCGGCAACGCCAUCUUCAGCACGAUUCUUAACUCAGUUCUUGAUGGACAACUCGUUCCUCGCAUUACCAAAGCUGCUACUGCAAAUGGGUUCGCUACUUCAAGGCUGGAGACACUGAUCCCAGCUGUUCUGGAGGAUGGCGCGGGUGUUCCAGGCGUCCUAGAAGCUGUACCAGAUAUUACUCCUGAAGUGGUAGCUGCUGUGCAACAAGCCUUUAAAGAGGCAUACGGCUAUGUCUUCAAACGAGUCUUCUACGCCACCAUUCCAUUCGGAGUCAUUGCCAUCGCUUGCGCAGCGGUCCUCAACGACCCAUCCAAGUAUCUCACCAACCAUGUCGCCGUUCACAUGCGCAAGACCGUGCUUGAUCAUCAUGGACAUGACAAUGAGCAGACCGCGCAUAUCGAAGUCAGGGAGUAA